CACUGGGGUGUGUGGCCUUCACUUCUGGAGCUAGGCCUCUUGUGGCUGUGACUCCUGGGUGAGGUGCUGGCUACCUGGGGUGGCAGGGAGGGCAGAGGAAGAAGACAUGCCCCUGUCCUAUCCCCCUGCCUCCCUGGCCGAUCAGAAGCCAGAGGCCUCUCUACAGGAGACUGUAGGACGACCAGAGGCUCACUGCAGGCACCCAACGCACCGGGGACAAUGGGACAAUGCCAGUCAGCCAAUGCCGAGGAUGCUCAGGAAUUCAGUGAUGUGGAGAAGGCCAUCGAGACUCUCAUCCAGAACUUCCACCAGUAUGCAGUGGAGGGCAGCAAGGAAGCACUGACUUCCUCUGAGCUGCACAACCUGAUCACCCAGCAGCUGUCCCAUCUCAUGCCGAGCACCUGUGGACUGGAAGAGAAGAUCGCCCACCUGGGUGGCUGCGGAGACUCCAGAGUGGAAUUCGGCACAUUCUGGGAGCUGAUCGGGGAGGCUGCCAAGAACGUGAAGAUGGAGACCCCUGGCCGGGGGAGCUGAGAGGCCCCCCUAGAUUCCUGGGGAGAUGUUGGGGACAGCCUUGGAGACUGUGGGCCUGGAGAUCAAGCCUGACUCAUCCCCACCCAGCUUGUAGCCCGCCUGCCACCUGGCUUUCGGGGCCAGGCUCCUGGGGUCCUGCGCUGGGGCUGUGGGUGGGGGUCAGCUGCGCCUGGUGCAGACGGGGUGGGGUGAGUGACUGGGGAGUGGGGUGGCACAGGGGAGUUGGGUACUGGGAAGUGGUCUGAAGGAGGGGUGCUGGGCACUGAGAAGGAUCUGUUGUAACCUCACCGCCCAAGCUCCAAGUCUCUUCCCACACCCCAACUCCCAGCUGUUGGUCCAGUGCUGCCUCUUCCCGCCUCCAGCUCUGGCCCAGCCUCCUCUGGGUUGGUGCUGGGGAAAGUGGGCAGAAAUAAGAGGGGAGCAGAACAAGGAAGUGGGGAUAAGCUUUUGGGGCGAGAGGCGGUGGGUUGCUUAGGUCUUUGCUGAAUGUUGUUUUUGUAUUACUUGAUUAAUAAUAAUAAUAAAAA